CAACGGCAAGGGGCAAGUAGUGUAGAUUCGGAGCCGUAAUGGUGGCUUCACUACGUCACUUUCAUGGCUCUCUCCAGCUGAACUGUAACUUUUGCCCCGCCCACUCGGUCGACACGCGUGUUACUUGUUUGCAGCAUGGCUUCGUCGGCUAAGAGGAGAGCAGUAGGUUUGGGAGAAAAUCCCGAGGAAAGUGAAAACAGCUCCGAUGAGAAUCCGGAAGAGGACGAAGAUUCCGGGGAGGAGGACAGCGAGGCAUCAGAGGAAGAGAUCAAUGAGGAGGUCAUUGUGGACUUCGAAGCCCACACCAUUUCAGACAGCGACUUCAAUGGCAUCAAGAAACUAUUGCAACAGCUCUUCUUGAAGGCUCAUGUAAAUACUUCAGAGAUGACAGACAUCAUCAUCCAACAGAAUCAUGUCGGAAGUGUCAUCAAGCAAGCUGAUGUACCAGAGGACAGUGAUGACGACGACCCAGAUGAAGUGUUUGGGUUCAUCACUAUGCUCAACCUAACAGAGAGAAAGGGUGUGCAGUGUGUGGAGGAGGUAAAGGAGCUGAUCGUGGAUCAGUGUGAGAAGAGCUCCACCCAAAGUGCGACAGAGCAGCUAGAGCAGAUCCUCAAUGACACCAGCAAGCCUGUGGGGCUACUGCUGAGUGAGCGCUUCAUCAAUGUACCUCCACAGAUUGCGCUUCCACUCCACAAACAGCUCCAAGAAGAAAUAGCUGAAGCUCAGAGGACAAAUAAGCCCAACGGGAGGUGUCACUUUUGUCUGAUGAUAAGCAAGACCUGCAAAGAGGCAACCAAAAGUAUCCCAACCAGAGGAGGAGCUCCCAAAGAGGAAUACAUGUUUGUCAAUGCAGAGGAGGAAUUCUUCUAUGAGCAAGCCAUCAUGAAGUUCCACUACUCGGUCCAGGAAGAGGCAGACUCCUGUUUGAGUGGCAGGUGGUCGUUCAGUGACGUCCCCAUGAAGCCUUUCAGGACAGUGAUGCUGAUACCAGCAGACAGAAUGCCUGCCAUCAUGGACAAACUCAAAGAAUACCUAACUGUGUGAACCUCAUAAUAUAACCAAGACACCUGUGUACACACUGAGGACUUUCAGGAUCAUGGAAAUGGUUCACUAUUCUCUAGAGAGACUCUAGAAGAAAUGUCUUGGUCCCAUCAGCUACGGUAGUACCAGUAUAGUAAACUUGAUGGUACAUGUUCCACAGUGAUGGUUUUUUUUUUUUUUUCAGCAAUUGUAGAUAGUUUUUACAAAUUCCUACUUCAUUUAAGAAACAAUGCAGAAGGAAAUCACCACAUACCCUGCUUAUACUGUAGAAAUAUACAACUGUUAUAUCAUGAAUAUAAGAAGUACAGCACAGUCAGGCUCACAUUUUCUUUUUUUUCAAAGACUUCUGUUUAUAAAAACAUUAUGAAUCAUGACAAUUAAAGAUGAUAAAUCCUU